AUGGCUCCAACACUUACAGUUGCAAUUCCCCAAGUUUCUGAACAAGAAGCCCAAAUGGAUAAGCUAAAACUGUAUGACAUAAUUGCUGAGGCUUCAGGCUCUCUUGCCGUAGAAGAAAUUGCUGCUCAUUUUUCAGAGUCCACCAAAGAAGAAAGCCCACCUCCCAUAGAAUAUCUGUUUCAUCUUCUGAGAUUUCUAGCCUCCCAAGAAGUGUUUAUUGAAUCCCACACCAGGAGGACUUCAGGCAAACUAGAUAUGGCCUCACAGGCCUUUCUAAAUUACUUUAGCCUCCAGGAAUGGCAGCAUCUGCAUGAGUCUGUGUUAGAAGGCAGCAACGCCUUCAGUAAGCCAACAAGAUUUAUGAGGAUUAAUUCUUUGGUUGAUGUUGGGGGAGGUCUGGGAUCUGCCUUGUCUUUUAUUAUGGACAAUUGCAAACACAUUAGAGGAAUUAAUUUUGACUUGCCUUAUGUCAUUGCAUCUGCACUUCCUAUCGCUGGAGUACAACAUGUGAGUGGCAAUAUGUUUGAACAUAUUCCAUCAGCUGAUGCAAUCUUUAUCAAGUCAGUUUUGCAUGAUUGGAGUGAUGAUGAUUGUGUAAGAGUGUUCAGAAGGUGCUAUGAGGCUAUACCAGAAAAUGGAAAAGUUAUAAUCGUUGAUGCCCUUAUCGUUGAAAGAAAAAAAUCUAAAGAUAACAAAGAAAAUCUUCUAAGGGGAGUGGGAUUGGUAUUUGAUAUGGAAAUGAUGCUAUUGAGUACUGGUGGAAAGGAGCAAAUAGAGAUGGAGUUUAAACAAAUUCUUAGCAAAGCGGGUUUCAAAAGCUACACCAUCUUCAAAUUACCAUCUUUUCAAAAGAUUAUUGAGGUCUCCAAGUUUUGA